AUGGCACCAGCAUUAAAUCACCCUACGGGCGUGAACUUUGUCGACGAGCAUCGUCCUGUAAACGCGGAUGCAGCGACAUACUACGGGGGCGAGGAACAAUUCAGUCGCUCACGAACAUACAGUGCGUCGUUUGCUCACGGAUAUAACCCUAAGCGUGCGGCCUUCGACAACGACUGGGUGCGCAGACAAAGACGCAUGUCCCACGAUGAGAAGAGCACCGGUCCCCGGCGCUUCCUCAUUGACGUGGAAGAGACAAUUCGCGUAAUUCUUGAACAAGAAGAUACCGACGGAGACUUCCAAAUUAGCGUCACUGAUGCCGGUCCCAAACUCAUGUCCCUCGGCACCGCGACGAGUAAUGGCUUCAAGAGCUUCGACAUUCGGGGCACGUACAUGUUGUCCAACCUCUUGCAAGAGCUCGCUCUUGCCCGUGACCAUAACCGAAAGCGCAUUGUCCUAGACGAAGCGCGCCUUACCGAGAACCCCGUCGAUCGGCUAUCGCGUAUGAUCAAGAACUCAUUCUGGCAUGCACUAACGCGCCGAAUCGAUGGAGACGGUCUUGAGAUCAUCUGUGCAGACCCGAAGAACCGCACCGGGCGCGUGAACCCGCGGAUAUACGUGCCCCACGGUGAGCCGGCGAUGGCAGAGUACUACAGGAAGGUUGCGAUGCAGAAACCGCACCUGAAUUUGGACGUGCAAGUCCUACCUGCGAAGCCGGACGACCCGCACUUCGUGAAGAGCUUGAACAAUAAGCCGGGCAUUCUUGCACUUGCAAUGAACGAGGUCAAUGAUGCCACGGGCGGCAAGACGCUCAAGGGUAUUCCAUUUAUCGUUCCUGGGGCUCGUUUCAACGAGCUCUAUAACUGGGAUUCAUACUUCAUCUCGCUUGGGCUGCUCGUCGACGGGUACGUAAACAUGGCGAAGGGCAUGGUGGACCACUUCAUCUUCGAGAUAACCCACUAUGGCAAGAUCCUCAAUGGUAGCCGGAGUUACUACCUUUGCCGAACGCAACCUCCAUUCCUGACCGACAUGGCGUUGCAGAUCUACAAUCAACUCGAUCGGUCAGAUAUGGAUGCCAACCGUGCAUGGCUGAAGCGUGCCAUCCGAGCCGCCAUUAAGGAAUAUCACACUAUCUGGGUCGCGGAGCCACGCAUGGAUCCGAAGACUGGACUGUCACGAUACCGCCCCGAUGGACUCGGUAUCCCUCCUGAGACAGAAGCGACGCACUUUACUCAUAUCCUGGAACCGUACGCGGCAAAGCACGGGCUAUCCGUGCUCGAGUUCAGCGAGCGAUAUAACGAUGGAACGAUCAAAGAGCCGGAGCUGGAUGAAUACUUCCUACACGAUCGCGCCGUGCGUGAGUCUGGACAUGACACGACGUACCGGUUUGAAAAGCGCUGUGCGAAUCUUGGUACGAUUGACCUGCAGGCUCUACUGUACAAGUACGAGGUGGACAUUGGGACGGCUAUCCGGGAGGUGUUUGAUGACGAGCUCGAGUUGGAACAAGAUUUCCCACUAGCGCCAUUUCCGCCAUCACCCGAAGCAUACGCGAACCCCCACCGGGUGAGCUCUAAGGCACGGCCGCAGACAAGCGCCAUCUGGUUCGAGCGGGCAGAGUUCAGGAAGAAUAUGAUUGACAAGUACUGCUGGAAUGAGAGCAAGAGCUUGUACUUUGAUUACGAUACUGUCCAGGAGAGGCAGAUCUUGUAUGAGAGUGUUACCGCAUUUUGGACGCUCUGGGCAGGGUGUGCGAGUGAGGAGCAGUGCUGGAAGCUGAUUUCGAACUCCCUCAAGAAGUUCGAGGUGCUCGGGGGAUUGGUCUCCGGAACAGAAGAAUCGCGGGGAAAGAUAUCUCUGGACAGGCCGAACCGUCAGUGGGACUACCCCUAUGCAUGGCCUCCUCAUCAAAUCAUGACGUGGGUGGGCCUCGAACGGUACGGUUACCUCGAAGAUGCGCAGAGGCUAGCGUACAGGUGGCUCUAUAUGAUGACGACUGCCUUCGUCGAUUUCAAUGGAGUAGUCCCCGAGAAGUUCGACGCAGUCAAACUUUCCCAUCUCGUGGAUGCCGAAUAUGGCAACCAGGGUGUCGACUUCAAGAUGGUACCAAGAGAAGCUGCCUACCAAGUCGGUCUGUCAUUCCUUUCGACCGGUAUGCGGCGCGCUGUCUCCGCGUGCACCUCGCCCGAAGUCGUCUUUGGCAUCCCAUCGGGUCAGCAGCAGACGAACACGCAAGCAUAUCCGACUGGUGGUACGGACCCUCUCGACCUAGCUAUGGAGCACCUCCAGCUGUCGGCCCCUCAUCCAGGCUUUCCCUCUGCGUGA